AUGAACCAAAACCUAAUAUGUUGUACAGUGUCUGGUGGUCGCACAGUCUUUGCCGAAGCCUGGAAGGCUCUUCGUCGCGCUUGGUGGACGUCACGACCGCCACGUGGCCGAGGGAAUCUGGAUAAUCGCUAUCGCUAUGUUCGUCCUGGUAGAAAUCCGGACGGGGUCGAGGGCGACGAUUACGUUCUGGGUGAAGUGGCUCUGGUGGAACACUACAAUAUGAUUGUGGCUGGUGGCGAGAUCGACUCUGGUAACAUCACGAUAGAUGAACCUAUGGAUGGCGACAGAACCUUCAAACAGGAGUUGCUACUGCGAGCUCAAAUGUCUGCUGACAAAAUUGUGAGGGCGAACGUUGCUUUCGCACCGGCUGAUGAAGACUGGAUGCUUCGCAAAACCUAUCGCGAGGUAGGUGCGGCUUUUCUCGUCGGCAUAAUAACAAGAUAUGAGAUGAAACACGAAAAAAUCGCUGAUGGUGUCAAGGUACCG